AUCAGGCCACAGAGGGUCAAAAGAAGUCGUAAAGGAGUCAUGAUGCUCAUAGGGGAGACACCGAUUCAAGGAUCAUCAUCAAGGGUACUAUAACCCAUAUCAUCUGGUAUUCCAUAAACCAUCAAAAGAACGGAAUGCUUGGACUGUUCGAAGUCUUUCGGUUUGGGAGGUUAUAUACGGCAGAGCGGGGAAGUGGUGGGAGAUCAUUCAUCCAUAAGAGAAGUUCGACCAAUCUAUAAAGAAGAGGGAGUCACAAAGGCUAACUUAGACGCCCGAAGACAGGAGGGCCUCCUUAGCGUGAGAACCAAGUCAAGCCAAAUGAAACAGAAAAAUGGAGGGAGGAAGUCAAGGUGAGGUUUGAUGUUUUGAUGACGAUCGAUGCAGCUGGUCGAACUGUAGGAACUCCUCGUUCAGUGGAGAAGCUGAUGUCCGUGCGCUAUCAUGAUGCCCUGGCGGCCUGGCCCCUGCGGCCUGCGGUCUGCCAGCCACCCAGCCUGGGUCUGCCAGCCUGUCUCUGCCUCAGUCCUCAGGCGACAAGGCGAUAAGGGUCAAAUGCGAAUCAAGCCUUUGUUCUGUACUAAUCUCGUAACCUCCGUAUGGCGCAGAAAAGAUGAAAGUUCUUCCCCCGAUGUUGAUUUACAUUGGAUGCUGCUAUUCAUUGGCCUCCUUGGAGGUUACAUAACAUCGAGGGUGAGGUAUGGCCAGCUCCUUAUCCACCGAAGUCCCGAUCUACCCACUUGUGGGGUUGUCUGGCCGCUUUUUCCAGCUCUAUGGAUUACGAGUCAGGGAAAUCCUUCUUUGCCAGACUUAAUCGAUGAAUACCAGAGUAUUCGAAGGGAUGAUGGGCUGCCCGACAUGCUAAGUAUCUGUCCCGGCUCGAUGAAUCUAUGCUCCGCAUUCCUCCCUCAGAUGCAGCGAUUCCACUUUUCCUCGGGAGGUUUGACAGCUGCUUGGAUUCGCUCCCGUACACUUAACAUUUCACCAAAGUUCGAUGGCGCAGUACUAAAAAUCGAUGGUACAGAAAACGGAAAUAUUUCGUCCGCAGCCGUCUGCAUGUACAAGCUGACUCGGGAUGUUAGUCUCCAGAGAAGCGGAUGA